AGGUAGGAAAAAAAGCAAUAAUAACAGUGCAAAUUUCCUGCGUCCGCCUUAGAUCCCAGAAUUUGGUGUUCUGAAUAUUCUCGUUCUCUCAAACUUUCUUUUUCUUGACGUCUCUUCAUGACACUUACAUGCGGCUUAACUUGUCUACAGCAGAGAAAGCACAGUGUUUUACAUCUAAUUUGAUACGCGAUUAUAUAUUUAGCCGUAGGAUUCGCCGCUUUAUAGAGCUAGUUUUUAGUUUUCGGCCACCUAGAACCCAAUAAUUUAGGUAAACGCACCAUUCGUGCAGUGGCCGAUCUCCUUUUUUGCAGUUCUGCCGAAGCAUCGGCUUUUGCACACCGCUCUCGCGAAAAUGGCCUUGGCUGUGAGUAGCACACAUAGCAAAAGCCUGGGAGAAAUUUCUACCAAGCUUAUACUACUUCCCGUGGAGCUAGUUCAAGAGCCGAGAGAAAUGACCUUCCGCAAAACCUUGACUGAAGCACUCAUCAGUGGUUUAGGUGAUUAUGGAAAAACGAAAUUAACCAUGGGAAUAAUACGCAUGUUACCUUGUCACAAUUCGAGAGAAAAAAAAUUUAACGCUUCUUGUUCGAUUGUGAAGACGAAAUCGAAUUGUUACCAAUGUUUUGAUGGUACGAUGAUACGGUUACCGGGUUCAAAACGGAUAAGUACAUAGGAUUCUAUAGCUAGUCGGCUAAUCCUCAAUUGCCUACGACUCCUAUCUUAUUAUUAACCCUAUAAAUUCAAAAACUUCACCUAUUAUAUAAUAUUUAACUAUGAAUAACGUUCUUUAUUCGUCUUACGUAAUCACGUGUUUGAAUACGCGUAGGUCACCAGAGCUAUUUAGAAAAUAAGAGCACAUUUUAUGGUCCACUUAUGAUAUAGUCCAGUUUUCUAUUGUUAAUAUUAAUAAUAGAGAUCUUUCUGCGCUUUUUUUUCGUUUUAUUUGAAUUGUUUCUGGUGAGUUCCGGUGAAUUUACGGGAGGUAGCCAAGCGCGGGCUUACCCUAAGGCUGAAUGCAUCUAUGUUCUCUCCAGUGUCUGCAGCAUGGGUGUUGAUGAUCUGAUUGUUGGACACGAGCUUGUAUUUAUAAACACAUGCGAUCCAACUCCGACCGAAGCAAAUUUUGCAAAAGACGUCUGUGCUGGAUGUGGUGAGGUCAAACGACACAUUCUACGAUGAAUAAAAUUCAGAAAUUUUUUGCUAUUGUAAAAGAGAAUGGCGGUUGGAAAAGUUCGUUGUUUAAAAUGUACCGACAGGAUGAACUGAAAACAGGAACACUGGUCGGAACCGAUGCUUUCGGCAACAAGUACUACGAGAAUAACGAGUAUUUUAUGGGCCGCAACCGUUGGGUGGAAUAUGCAGAUAAGGUGAAAAUGGAUUAUGACGGUUCGCAGAUUCCUGCGGAAUGGCACCGAUGGAUGCACUAUAUAACAGACAAGCCCCCAACUAUCGAAAAGUACCCGCAAUACAAAUGGCUCAGUGGACAUCAGGAAAAUUUUACUGGCACCCAGCGUGCCUACAUGCCAUAUGACACAGUGCCUCAAAAGAUCCACCCCUGGAAGCCUGGCCAGAAGUAAACGUAGAAGACCCAUUUAAGGAAAAAGCAAUCAAUAUAAUCCUAAGGCAGUUAUCAGUGAAUGAAAUACGUAGCUUGAGCCAAGUGAAUUUGUUCUACUCGAAAAGAAAAGACACCAUCUGAAAACGUUUUAGAAAGGAAAAAAUAUAAAGGCUCGUUGUUAAUGUAUAAUUAUAUAAAGUGGCGUAGCUAGUUGAUAAUUAUUAUUGUAAGCAUAACGGUAAAAAUAAAUACCACACAUACUUGUAGAGAAGUAUACGAGGAAUUUAUUUCGAUGAUAAAUGAGUUCAGUCGGUUUCAGUCUCGUUAGCAAAUACCGCCGUUGUUCUCGUACACCCGAUGUCAUUUCAAAUAUACUGACUCAGAAAGGUGAUUGCUUACCCGCUGUUGUUUUCCUAUACAUCGAUUACUAGAACAAUCAUCAUUAUGGUCUUUAGUGCUUUACCUUUUUUGCGUCUAACUCACUCGUAUAUUUUAUUAUUGUAGCUCUCCGCAAGUGGAGCAAACGACAAAGAUCAAUUGAUAUUCCCUAGUAUAGCAAUAGUCACAUUAUUAAAGGAUUCAUCUAUUUGUUAUUAUGUUGAUGUAACGUAUGUCAUCACGACAACAACUAGAACAGUAGAAAAAUAAACAUCACAACCUGCCACAACAUCAAUAUUGCUAUGAGAUAUCAUUUCUAUGAUUUGGCUUGUCGUUCAUAUACUCAAUUUUUUCAAUUAUGAUCGUUAUGAACGUUAUCAUUCUGUCAACAACUGUGGUCGUCCAUUUAACUCAGGUCGUUAGUUUUUCGGAUGGUGU